AUGGCGAGAACAUUAGUAUUGGAUCUUGAUAACACGCUAGUCUGCGUGUCUGACCACGACGAUGACAAUCUCCUCCAGUGCGUGACGAAGCGACCGGGUUUGGACAAGUUCCUGAGAGAUAUGUCACAGGUUUACGAGGUCGUGGUCUUCAGUGCCUCGGGCGCAUCGUAUGUGACGAAGAUUGUAAGCAGCUUGGAUCCCAGCGGAGAAUUAGUGUCCGCCAUCUCCACCGGGAGCGAUAAAGAUUGGGUGAGCGGCCAAGUGGUGAAGGAUUUGAGGAAACUGAAAAGGGAGCAAGAUAGUCUCAUGGUGUGGAUCGAUGACAACGCGAGCUUGUAUCUCUACCAUCCCAAGAGUGGGAUCCAAGUCCCGCCCUUCCAUGGCGAUCCCAAUGACUCCAUCCUCGAGGCCUUGACUCCGCUGCUACUCAAGGUGGCAUCGAGCCAAAUCAGUAUAGAGGAUGCAAACAAGAUGUUUGUUUCGAGUGUUAAACAACAUAAACAAACUCCCAGAUACUGGUGA